UCUAACCCAAACCAGAUCUAACACAACCCAUUUCCGUCCCUACAUCUGAUCUUGAGCCUUCACUACUAGUUUAUUCACGUGUUUCGCUUCCCUUGCUUGUCUGCAAAAGAAGAAGUCUCUUGUUGCUAGCUGUUGCAAGCUACCUUCUCCUCGUCCAUGGCGUGCACGUGCAUUAACCUAAAUCUCAACUUAGACGGUAACAGUUGCCUGAGUGUGCUGUGGGCAUCUCUGCGACUGUGCAGGCCAAAAUCUGGCAUCCAGAAGUUGGAAAAGGAAAUAACAAUAUUGAGAGCCAAAAGGGACGACAUCAAGAACCAGAUCGACCAGGCGGAGCGCGAGGGGAGAAUUCCGACCAACCAAGUGAGCCAGUGGCUACUGGAGGUGGAGAUGUUGGAAGGCCAAGUGGCUGAUAUCGAACAGGAUUUCCAAAGCAUCAGUUACUUCAGUUGCAAUUGCUUCAAUCCAACUGGCGGCGCCAGCACGACGAGUCAAACACAGCAAGCAGGAGAUCAGGUUCCUAUCAGAGAGUCAUCAAAUUGCUGCUCCAUCAUUCGAAGAGUGGCAAAGAAGCUCGGCGAGGCUAAUGAAUUGAUGAGCCGAGCUGGUGCACUGGAUCCGAUUGCCACAGUUGGGCCUCCGGAACCCACCGUGAUGCUUCCCAUCUCACACCAACCGCCUGUUGGGAUCGAGUCGUAUGUGGAGGACAUUGUGGGCUACAUCAAUGGUGGAGAAGGCAACAUCAUAGGCAUCUACGGAAUGGGCGGUGUCGGUAAGACCACCAUGUUGAAGAGCAUCCAGCAACACUAUCUUCCUAAGCAUACCAUAUUUGAUCGCGUCAUUUGGGUUGUGGCUUCCAAAGACUGGCAAUUGAAAAAGCUCCAGAUGGAUAUUGCUAAGAGUUUAGAACUGAUGACACUGAAGGAGAGUGACAAUGAACGAACUUGUGGUGAUAAGUUAUUUAGCUACUUGAAGAACAAGAAUUGCUUGUUGCUUCUGGAUGACAUUUGGGAACUUAUGGAUCUUCAACUGUUGGGGAUGGCACACUCGGCCACUGAGCAAGGCCAGCAUCAGCAACAACCACGCAAAGUCGUGGUGUUCACAACCCGCAGCGAGACAGUGUGUACACAAAUGAAAGCAGACAAGAAAAUCAAAGCCAAAUGCCUGGAUCCAGAUCAAGCAUGGCGACUCUUUGAGCAGAAUAGCGAUAAGAAGUUUCUCAGCUCAGAUGGUGGAAUUAAUUUCGUUGCUCAAGAACUUGCUAAAGAAUGUGCUGGUCUUCCGCUAGCUCUUGUCACCGUCGCUCGAGCCAUGUCAGGGAAAAAGUCUUGGGAAGCUUGGAAGGACGCUCUGCAUCAAAUAAGGGAUAAACAUGAGUGGACAACCAUUGAUCUUUCAGAAGAUUCAGUUGUAAUGUAUAAAGCCUUUCAGCUGAGCUACGACAGUUUAGAAAAUGACUCCAUAAGAGAAUGUCUUUUGUGUUGCGCUUUGUGGCCUGAAGAUUAUAAGAUCCACAAAUUUAAGGAGUUGAUACCAUGUUGGAUAGGUUGUGGCAUAAUUCAUGAAUUUAAUGUCAUCAAUGAAGCUUUCACCAAAGGAUGCCCCCAUUUGGAAGCUCUCGUGGCUGCAUCCUUGUUAGAGCAAUGUAAUGAUCAAAAGGACAUUCGUUACUUGGACACAUUUGUAAAGAUGCACGACGUCAUCCGAGACAUGGCACUUUUGAUGGUCUCUGGGUUGAAAGGGAAUGGAAGGAAAUGGAUUGUAAAAGCUGGAAUUGGAUUGAGCCAUUUGCCUAUACAGGAGGCAUGGCAGGAAGAAUGGCAGGAGGCGGAGCGAGCAUCAUUCAUGGACAAUGAGAUUGCAUCGUUACCAGACUAUGGAGCUUCUACUUUUUCAAAACUUUCCAUGUUGUUUCUCCAUGGCAACGAUAGCCUGACAACAAUUCCUCCUAGUUUGUUCCCAAGCAUGCCUCUUUUAACAUACUUGGAUCUCUCUAAAUGUCAUAUAACAAAGCUUCCCAUGGAGAUUUGUAGGUUAACUGAGCUGCAAUAUUUAAACUUGUCCAAGAAUCCUAUUACCAGACUGCCGGCCAAGUUUGGUUGUCUCUGCAAAUUAGAGUACUUGCUUCUAAGGAAAACUGAAAUUAAGAGUGUACCUAGCGGGACGAUAUCCAAGUUAUCAAUGCUCAGGUGGUUGGAUAUAAGACGAGCUUUCCCUAUACGUGGUUGCUUGAAGAAUGGGCGGAAAAUAAUAGGAAUGCGUCCAAUAUCUGAGUGGUGGUGGGAUGAGCUGAAAUGUUUCAGAGGACGCCACAAAUUAAGUGUGGCAAUUGUCAUCAAUGUGACAACUGCUAACAUUAAGCGACUGAACAUGCUACCAAAUGUCUCCAUAUGGAACCUCACCAUGGAGGGAGGGAAUUUUUUACAACUCCAAACCCUCCAUCUUGGCACUCUACAAUGGAGCUGCAACGUAAGUGACAACCUUGAGUCUCUGAGUUUUAAAAAUGUCGCAGUAGACAAAUUAAUGUUGACUGCAGGCGUGGGUCGUGAAUCAAGUUUCGGAUGUUUAAAGACUCUCCAUUUUUAUAACCUAAGAAAAUUGGAAAAUAUUUCAUUGAAUGGAGUUGGGCUCUGCAACCUUCGUGAACUAUGUAUUCAUUCAUGCUCCAUGUUGAAGGAUGUUUCAUGGGUUCUACAGCUACCAUGCCUUAAUCUUCUAAAGAUAAGUCGGUGUUUUGAAAUGAAAGAAGUAAUCAGUAACGUAGGGAACACCAACUCUAGCUCUAGCAUCCAGCGGUUGAGUUUGUCUCUCGUACCGAACCUCAAUUGCAUUGCACACCAACCACUCUAUUUUCCCUACUUGGAAUAUGUACAUGUGUACAAAUGCCCAAUAUUUAAAAAAUUACCAUUUGAGGUUGAAAUAUUGAAAAGCAGAUUAAAAGAGAUUAGAGGUGUUCAAACUUGGUGGGACAACUUGGAGUGGGACGACGAGAGCAAUAAGAAUUUGCUCACCCCUCUUUUUAUUCCUUUUAUUGAAAGUUUUGACUGAUCCUGGUUUAGGACCAAGUUCGAAAAGAAGCAUCGACCUUUUGGGCAAGGAGGCUGCAGGGUGUUCAUUGUUCUGAUCUUUGUAGACGGUCGAAUUGUUGGAUUCUUUGACGGGUUCAGCAUGUAUCUAAAUUUGAUUGAUGACUCCUAGCUAGUUAAUUGGACACCUCUGUAGUAUUUUAAGAUGUGAUCAUCAAUUCUGUCUUCUGCACUUUACUUCCUCAUGAACUAGUAUCAUUCAC